AUGAAGGCGGGCGCGGAAUUAGCGAGUGAUGUGACGGAUCAAGUGAAGAAGGGCUGGAGCGUGAUGAAGAAGCGCGGAAUUCCGCUGCUGAGCAAGUUUGCGCAGGAGACGAAAUCGCGAGUGCAGAGCGUGACGGAUAAUGUGACAGCGAAGCUGAGACGAAAUAGCCUGGAGUUCACGCUGGAUGAGGAAGGAAUGGAGUCGAAUAGCGAUGAGGAUGAGGAUGAGGAGAUGGAAGAAAGACCGAAAAAGAAGGUCACGAUGAUGAAGAAGAAGAAGAAGACGGAAGAAACUCCGAAGAGUGAGGAAAACGAGGAUGAUGUGGCUUAUUUAUGA